GGCGGCGUGCUGCGCUCUCCGCGACCGGGGCGAGGAGGUGACGGUGCACGUCUCGGAGGUGGACGGCUCCGGACGCGGCGGCAGCAGCGGCUCGCGCUCCCCCGCUACGGUGGGCAGGAGCGACGCGCUGCUGCCCGCCACGUACAUCUUCACCGGCGGCCGCCGCGCGAGCGGGGG